GUGUUUUAUUACACAAACCAUGUAACACAAACCACAGAUUUACUGUCAUUUCACUGCAUCAUCAGGACGUUUUGUCUUUACUUCACAGUGAGUUGAGGACAUUUAAUCCCUCACACACACACACACACGCUUCACCAUGUCACCAGUGCUGCCUCAAAGUGAAUUUUCAUGCUUGCUGCCUGCUUUUCACGCUCGGUUACAGCUGUGACGAGUCACUUCCUCUCUGCACCGACACAAAAACACCAUCUUUGUCUUUGUCGAGAAGAAGACGACGACGAAAGUAUGGGACAGCAGGCCAACCUUAACUCCGCCCCCCUCUUGUUCCUCCUCUCCCUGUGCUGGGCUCAGAGGGAGGGGCCGACCUGUGACCGCUGUGACCUGCGAUUCUCCUGCGACUGCUCCCGCUGUGGGUUUGUUCGCGUUCCUGUGGUUACAGACCGUGCAGUUUCUCUGGAUCUAUCCUUCAACAACAUCACCUCGGUCGCCAAAGACGACCUGAGAGGCCACACCCACCUGAAGGCUCUGCUUCUUCAUGGUAAUGGACUGGCUGAGAUCCACGCAUCAGCGAUGGACUCCCUUAAGAACCUGGAGGACCUCGACCUGUCAGACAAUCAGCUCACGUUCCUGAACCGCCAAUGGUUCAGCGAGCUCGGCUCUCUGCGGCGGCUGAACCUGCUCAACAACCCGUACAGCUGCGUGGGCUCAAUGCCGGUGUUUGAGCGGCUGCUCGGGCUGAGGUGGCUGGGGUUCGGAGGCCCUGCUCUGGUCGAGAUAAAGAGAGGAGUUCUGUGGGGAGUCACACAGCUGGAGGAACUUGUUGUCCACGCCAACAACCUGACCAGGUACGAGUCUGGGGCUCUUGCGUAUGUUUGGCCGUUGGGUCACGUCACUUUGAGCCUCCGCGGACCGUUUCUAACAAAUGCAGCUUUGGCUUCGGCUGUGCUCGCUGACGUCACGUACCCAGAGACGCCCAUCGUCCUGGUGGACCUCCAUCUGCUCGGGAGUGAGGCUGUUCAGCCGUUAAGAGAGGCGGCGAAAAGGAGGGUCAGGCACAUGACCUUCCGUAACAUUUUUGUUACUGAUAAGGCCAUAGUCGACCUCCUGGAGGUUUUGGACGGAGUUCCAGUCUCCACCUUGUCCAUGGAUGGCGUCACACUGUCCGGAGUGGGCAGGUGGGAGAAAGCAAACUGGACCGAUCAAAGAAGCAUAGACAGGUUCUUCUUACGAGACACUAUGGUGUUGGAGGUCUAUAAGUUUGUGUCGUUCCUGCAGCUGGGGUUUCUGCUGCAGUACCCCAGGAUGGUGUCCGUCAUAAACGCCAGGGCGUUUGUGAUUCCAUGUGCCACCACUGGCCUUUUCAUGAACCUGCAGUACCUGGACCUGUCUGACAACCUGCUGACGGACUUGACCUUGACUGAGACUCUGUGCGAUGGAAAUGGCACACUUAAGGACCUCCGUGUUUUAAACAUCAGCGGAAAUACUCUCAAGUCUUUGUCCACAUUGAGUCGACUGGUGGCAAAACUUCACAAACUGACCCACUUGGACAUCAGCAGGACCCACUACAGCUUCAUGCCCCAGAGCUGCUCCUGGCCCUCCACCCUGUGGCACCUCAACAUCUCUGGAGCUAAACUCACGACUGUCACCCCCUGUCUACCAACAACUCUGCAGGUGUUGGAUCUGAGCAACAAUGACCUACAGGGCUUCACCAUGGCCCUGCCCACCCUGAGAGAGCUCCACCUGUCUGGGAAUAAGUUUCUAAAGCUGCCUGUGGGAAGUUUGUUCCCCAGUCUUCAAACACUGACCAUACAGUCCAACACCUUGAACAUGUUCAGCCGUUCAGACCUCCAGUCGUACCGACGACUCCAGAACCUCCAAGCCGGUCACAACAAGUUUGUCUGCUCCUGCGACUUUGUCCCCUUCAUCCAGUCGAGCAUUAAAGGAGAUGAAGGUGUGCAUUUAACAGACGAGGAGGAGGGCUAUGUCUGUGACGCUCCUCUCUACCUGCAGGGGCAGGCGGUGGGUCACGUCCACCUGUCUGUCGUUGUAUGCCACAGAGUUUUGUUUGUGCUGUUGUGCUGCGGUGUGGUGUUGUUUGUUGGGAUUCUGGUCAGCGUCCUGCUGUGGCGCCUUCAUGCCUUCUGGUACCUCGGGAUGAUGCGGGCGUGGCUGAGGGCCAAGCGGAGCUCCCGGCAGCGGCGACUCCGAGAUGAAGCAGGUUCAGAAGCGCUGCUGUCCUUUGAUGCAUUUGUUUCCUACAGCGAAAGAGAUGCUGGCUGGGUAGAAUCCUUUCUGGUACCUGAGCUGGAGGAGUCAGGAGAGACCGACGACGACUCUCCGCCUCUGACCCUGUGUCUCCACAAGCGGGACUUCCUCCCCGGGCGGUGGAUUGCAGACAACAUCAUGAGCGCCAUCGAACGCAGCAGGCGGACAGUCUUCGUCCUGUCCGAGAGUUUUGUCCAGUCCGAGUGGUGUCGCUACGAGCUGGACUUCUCCCAUUUCUGGCUUUUCGAUGGGAACACCAGUGGCCAGCCGGCCAUCUUGAUCCUGCUGGAGCCGCUGCCAAAGGACAACAUCCCCAAACGUUUCUGCAAACUCCGCAAACUCAUGUGCUCGACCACGUACCUGGAGUGGCCUCAGGAUGACGAGAGGAGGGGGGAGUUCUGGAGAAGUCUCCGAAGCGUUUUGAGAGGAAGAGGACAGGAUGACUGAAAAAGACAACGUGAUGGAGGAUGAAAACAACAGGAAGGAGGAGAGGGAGAAACAAAAGUAGCUUCGGGGAAAGUGUAGAAAAGGAAACAUUGGAGGAAAGAAAAGACUAAGACAGGGGAUGAAGGUUUAACUUAAAUUGAUAGUUAAUGUUUUUUAAGGAGUGGUGGUAUGAGGUAUGGACAGUUUUGACUGAGUCAUGAGCGCCCCCAUGUGCCGAGAACAUGCUGAAGUAAAGCAGGCACGGGUGGGUAAAACCGCUCACUCUCCCACACCAAAGAUCACAGCACACAGUGUUUGUUGAUCCACUGCUGCCUCCAUCACUAAAUCCAAAUGUCUUAUUUUGUCACUUCAGCAUUUUAAAUCCCUUAUUUAGAUUCACCACAAUGACACAAACUGACCACACGAGGGAGCAGUAGACCAGCAUUUUCCUGUGUCCCCGUGAGCUAAAAUCACUGACUUACUCUUUGGUGUGGGAGCUUUCAGCUACUGGAUGGUGCUCUCAAUCACAGCAUAGGCACAGCCUUUAUAUUAGUAGAGUUUAGAUACUGUAAAGAUUUCUUUUGAUUUACAUUAUUAAAGUAAGCUUAUCGCUUUCCAAACAGAGUGAAUAUGAAAAAAUGGCUCAUUAAUAAGUAAAUAUUAAUUAAUUUAUUAAUAAAUUAAAUGAAAGCACCAUAAAUACACACAAAAGAAAACAUACACACAAACCCAUGGAGUCGCCCCCAUAUGCUUAUCGUUUUUGGAAAAAUGACAUUACAUUACAUUACAUGUCAUUCAGCAGAUGCUUUUAUCCAAAGUGACUUACAAGGGAAUUGAGUACAACCUGCCAGGGAUGGAGUUGAACUUGACCAUGAAGAAAUGGCUCAUAAAUGAGUCUUAAAAGCAUCAUAAAUGAAAUGACACGUAGGCUCAUUGAUUGAAACAUGCACACAAACACAUGGAGUCGCCCCCUGGUGGUAAUUCCAUAGAACACAGGUUUCAGGUACUGCUAAAAUGGCUUCUCUCCACAUACAGUCUAUGAUCACCUGUGCUACCUUUUUAACAACACAACACUUUUGAGAACUGAUGUCAACAGAGGACAAACAAACAAAAUUGCAAAGCUCUUUAAUGUGUAAUAAUAAUAAUGAUAAUAAGACAAGCUGAUACAAAGUCAGUCAGUCAUCAUCUACCGCUUUAUCCUCUGCUAGAGGGUCGCGGGGGGUGCUGUGCCAAUCUCAGCUACAUCGGGCGAUAGGCGGGGUACACCCUGGACAGUUCGCCAGUCCAUCGCAGGGCCACACACAGAUAGAGACAAACAACCAUUCACUCUCACACUCACUCCUAUGGUCAAUUUAGAGUGUUCAAUUUACCUAUCCCCACAUUGCAUGUUUUUGGACUGUGGGAGGAAGCCGGAGAACCCGGAGAGAACCCACGCACACACGGGGAGAACAUGCAAACUCCAUGCAGAAAGGCCCUUGUUCCAACCGGGGCUCGAACCCGGGUCUUCUCGCUGCAAGGCGAGGGUGCUAACCACUACACCACCGUGUGGCCCUGAUACAAAGUCAAUGAUAAAAAAAAAACAACAUCAGCGGUUAAACCCAACCCUGUCUUCUGAUUGGCCAGCUAGAGAGAGACUUCCCUGUGAUUGGCUACUAAGAUGAUUAUUUUCUUAGUGACUCACACCGCACCAACACGUUGAACCAACUUCAUUCAACUGAAUUCCGGCUUUUAGAAUGGUUUGUCGCAGACACGCACGUAGCUUCUUUUAUUCAGUCUGGUGACGCAGAAUUUCGGCUUUUAGAAUGGUUUGUCGCAGAGAUGGUUGUUGUGCUAUUGUCUUCAAAAAAGUGCUCCAAGUGUGACGUGUGCUUCCAGUAUUCAGCCGUUAAGCCCAACCCUGUCUUCUGAUUGGCCAGCUAGAGAGAGACUUCCCUGUGAUUGGCUACUGAGAUGAUUAUUUUCUCAGUGACUCACACCGCACCAACACGUUGAACCUGAUCUUCAACUGAAUUCCGGCUUUUAGAAUGGUUUGUCGCAGACACGCACGUAGCUUCUUUUAUUCAGUCUGGUGACGCAGAAUUUCGGCUUUUAGAAUGGUUUGUCGCAGACACGCACGUAGCUUCUUUUAUUCAGUCUGGUGACGCAGAAUUACGGCUUUUAGAAUGGUUUGUCGCAGAGAUGGUUGUUGUGCUAUUGUCUUCAAAAAAGUGCUCCAAGUGUGACGUGUGCUUCCAGUAUUCAGCCGUUAAGCCCAACCCUGUCUUCUGAUUAGCCAGCUAGACAGAGACUUCCCUGUGAUUGGCUACUGGAAUCAUGUCAGGAAACAGCACUAGCAGUUAGCAUUGAAAAGCUUCAUCACUGUCCCUCGUCGUAGCUCCUUAUGUUUUCAUUGAGAGUCACAAGAAACAGAGACAACUGAACCACCUGCACUACCAUUUUUGACUGGUUUACUAUGGUGGCUUAUGGUUACUUUCUUUCUGUAAGUUAUUGAUUCUGACAUUGCCGGUUUCUUUUGCCCCUGAGCAGAAGAAAUACUGUACUGCAAAUCUUUCAUACCUGUGUGGUCACUAAAGGGUUAACUGUUUUGACUCUGUGAGCAGGAAGAAGUUAUUAAUAAGAGAUAGAGUUUCAAAAAGUAAGGAGCAGAUUUUUGUCGGCGUUGCGACGAGUGUUUCUCUGGUGUUCUGCUACCAGAGCUGGUGUUUUUCUUCCGUGAGGGUUAAGUGAGGUGCUGAUUCUUCUUGGAAUGUCUGGAUCUCCAUGUAAGAAUUUAUAUAUUCAUUUAGUCAUUUAGUAUCCUGGCAGUGAACAUUCAUGAGACGAAGGAACAAAGGGGAAUACAAGGAAACUAAAAGGGACACAGAUGUAUUUUAUUAUUUGUUUUAUAAAAAAGAAGAGCUUUUUUUUUAUUUUACAUUUCAAAAGCUGUUGAGGUUGUUGUCAUUUCCUGUUCAGCUGUAAUAAAGUACAAAUAAAUACUUCACACACAAUGAGACAAAUUUAAGGCGUGGACACAUAGUUUCGACUGAGUCGUGAGCGCCCCCAUGUGCCAAGACAUGCUGAAGCAAAGCAGGCUCACAUAAAACUCCACUCACUCUCCCACACCAAAGUCCAUAGAAAAAAAAUCAGUGAUUUUAACAUCACAGUACACAGUGUUUGUUGAUCCUCUGCUGCCUCCAUCACUAAAUUCAAAUGUCUUAUUUUGUGACUUCAGUGUUUGAAAUCCUUCAUUUAGAUUCACCACAAUGACAAAAACUGACCACAUG